UGGCGGCGGCGAGUUCUCCUGCCGCUGCCGCUGCUGCUGCCGCGGCGCCUCCGCCGCUUCCCUGGGGCUGCGCGCGGGCGCUUAAAGGGGCCGCCGCCUCCGCCGCGCCCGAGGAUGCCGAACUUCUGCGCCGCCCCGAACUGCACGCGCAAGAGCACCCAGAGCGACCUGGCUUUCUUCCGUUUCCCGCGGGACCCCGCCCGAUGCCAGCGGUGGGUUGAGAACUGCCGAAGAGUUGAUCUGGAAGAUAAGACGCCGGAUCAGCUGAACAAGCAUUACAGACUGUGCGCAGAGCAUUUCGAAACGUCCAUGAUAUGUCGAAGCAGCCCCUACAGGACAGUUUUACGUGACAAUGCUGUGCCCACAAUAUUUGACCUGACAAGCCAUUUGAACAACCCACACAGCAGGCAUCGCAAAAGAAUCAAAGAGCUGAGUGAAGAAGAAAUACGAACAUUAAAACAGCAAAAGAUUGAUGAAGCUUUUGAACAAGAAAAGGCAAAUCCAGAAUCCAAGAACGACGUCCAGAACCUGGCGUCAGAGGAAGGCCGAGAGGAGCCGGUCGAAGACGACGUCCCGUUAACCCAGGAGGAGAGGGAGAACAAGGAUUACCUCAAGUCUUUAUUUGAGAUUUUGAUUCUCAUGGGCAAACAAAACAUCCCGCUGGACGGCCACAGUGCCGACGAGCUCCCGGAAGGCAUUUUCACGCCGGACAACUUCCAAGCCCUCCUAGAAUUCAGGAUCAACUCCGGAGACGAGGUUCUGCGGAAGCAGUUCGAGACCACCGCCGUGAACCUGGCGUAUUGCUCCAAAGCGCAGCAGAAGCAAAUGCUGGACGUCUGUGAGAGCUGUGUGCGGGAAGAGAUGCUCAGGGAAGUCAGGGACUCUCCGUUUUUCUCCAUCGUCACCGAUGAGGUGGUGGACCUGGCGGGCGAGGAACACCUGCCGGUCCUGGUGAGGUUCGUGGACGACGCUCAUAACCUGCGAGAGGAAUUCAUUGGCUUCCUGCCGUACGAGGCAGACCCUGAAGUCUUAGCUGUUACGUUCCAUGCUACGAUCACUGAAAAGUGGGGCCUGAACAUGGAAUACUGUCGGGGCCAGGCUUAUGUCGUCUCCAGCGGGCUGGCUCCUAAAAUGAAGACCGUGGCUACGAGGAUCCUGGAAAAGUAUCCCCGGGCUGUUUACACGCUGUCCUCUUCUUGUGCCUUGAACAUCUGGUUAGCCAAAUCCAUUCCCGUUCUUGGCAUUUCCAUCGUGCUGGGAACCAUGGAGGAGGUCUGCUUGUUCUUUCUCCAGUCCCCUCAGUUGUUGGCUGGGCUGGACAACGUCAUCUCCAUUCUCUUUCACAACAGUGAGGAGAAGGGGAACUUGCUGAAGGAGGUCGCCCGCUCGCACUGGACCGGCCGGCACGACACCUUUGAGAUCGUAGUGGACCUCCUCCAGGCCCUGGUGCUGUGCUUGGACAGCGUCAAUGACGCUUCCAUCCCGUGGAACAGCUCAGUGGCGGGGCAGGCGUACAUUCUUUCCACGGCACUAGCAGAUUUUGACUUUGUAGUCACGGUGGUGAUUAUCAAGAACAUCCUCUCUUUCACCAGGGCUUUUGGUAAGAACCUCCAGGGCCAAACGUCAGACGUUUUCUUUGCAGCCAGCAGCUUGACGGCCGUCUUGCAUUCCCUCAACGAGGUGAUGGAGAACAUUGAGGUGUAUCACGAGUUCUGGUUUGAGGAGGCGACCAACUUGGCCACCAAGCUGGACCUCCCCAUUAAGCUGCCUGGGAAGUUCUGCCGAUCCCAUCAGGGGAGUUUGGAUUCUGAGAUCACCCCGGAAAAUUACUACAAAGAAGCGCUUAGCAUCCCGACGGUGGAGCACAUCAUUCAGGAGCUGAAAGACAUCUUCUCGGAGCAGCCCUUGAGGGCACUCAAGUGCUUGUCUCUGGUGCCAUCGGUCAUGGGGCAGCUCAAGUUCAAUACCUCUGAGGAGCAUCAUGCCGACAUGUACAAGAACGAUCUCACGAAUCCAGAUACCCUCUCCGCAGAGCUCCAUUGCUGGAGAAUCAAGUGGAAGCACAGAGGGAAGGAUAUUGAACUUCCCACCACCAUCUACGAAACCCUCCACUUGCCGGACAUCAAGUUUUUCCCCAAUGUCUACUCACUGCUUAAGGUCCUCUGCAUCCUCCCCAUCAUGAAAGUGGAGAACGAGAAGUUUGAAAUCGGCCGACGGCGCUUGAAGGCCUACCUAAAGAACACGGUGACCAAGCAGCGGUCGAAUAACCUCGCCCUGCUGAACAUAAACUUCGACAUCAAACACGACUUAGAUUUAAUGGUUGACACUUACAUCAAACUGUAUCCGGAGAAAGCUGAAUUCCAAGAGCGAUUUCCUCCUUCCCGCAAUUCCGAAGCGGUCCAAGAGACUUAACAGGACGAGGGGAGUGGACAACCAGUAUGGUUGGGAUAUUUUGCCUUUUAAAGAAUAAGGGUGGGGGGAUUUGGGACCCCAUGUGAGGUAAAGAAUCAGAGCAGGCCCCCUUUCAUUUUAGGCAUGCCUUGAAAUGAGCUGCAAAUUAUUGACCCAGCUCAGUUUUUGCAGCUGACGUGCAGCACUCAAGUUCGUAUUUUGUUUAUCUCCAAGAAAACCCAGUUCAUACAGACGACGUGGAUCCUUGCCUUACUGGUGCUCAGUGACUGAAAAGUUCCUGUUUGGAAGAGAAUUGUACUGAUUGCUAAUUUCUUUCCUCUUCUCCCACACCCCAGCCCUGGAAAAGGAAGAUGUAAGUUUGGCCUAAGCCAUGCCGUGGACUGUAUUUUCCAGCUCGAGAAUCCUUUGCUCGGGUGCAAAAUGUCUGGUGUUCUUCUAAGGGUCUUCUGAGGGUUUUAAACAUGACCCAGGCAACCGAACCUGGUUCUCAUUCCUACCAGGCUUCUAAGGUUCUGUUGGAAAAAGGGGUUUUGUGAGUUCAAAGCAUGUUUUCAGAAUGGCAGCCCGUGUUAAUAAUCGAGGCUUGCUUGAGUUGAUCAUCUCAGUUACCUUUCUGUCAGAUUUGGAUGCGUACAGAAGAGAAUGUGGUUUUUAUCCCCCCCCCCCCCGCCAAAUGAUGGCCAGCCAGACUUACGAGUGUGCUUAUUCAUUCCCUGUGGCCUCCAUGAUAAGAACUAACUUGGCAAGGUGAGCAGACAACGGGCUCUGGAAUUUGGUUUGGGUUUUUUUUUUUUAAACUUAGAAGUCCUACCAAAACUUUUCUGCAAAUAUUUUUUGGCCAAAACAAAAAGAAGAGGAAGAAAAAAAAAGAAUUUUUUUUGUAUAGUUUAUUUCCAUGCAGAAUAAAAUGUGAAUUUGCUA